AUGGACGACUCAGCCUGGGAGGCCCAUAGGCCCGAGAUUGAGCGUCUGUAUCUCAAAGAGAAGAUUACCCUUGACGAGUUGGUGAAGAUAAUGUGUGUCGAAUAUAAAUUUAAAAAGACGUCCAAUGAAUAUCAGUCUCGGUUUCGAAAAUGGAACGUCAGGAAACGAUAUGGAAAACGAAUCUGGAUCUACAUUGACGGACAAUUGAACAAAAGAAAGGGACGAGAAACUGACGUUUUUAUCGACGGGGAACUCCAAAUGCCUUGCAGAGUUCGACGGGAAAUCGGAAGACAGGCUUUUCAAUCGACAAUCGAUAGGAUUCAUUCUGCGCCAUCUCCAGACACCCCUCCAGGGGUGGUAGUAUGCUCGCCUCGACCAAAGACAGAGAGCCUAGCAUUGACAACAAAGUUACCCUGGAAGGAGUUCUCUUGUGAAUAUCCCUUCCACUUAUACCCAGAAACCCGUUCAGACAUGCUCACUGGCGUUACAAAAUCCAUCUCGAAUCAUGUCAAGCAGGGGUUUCCCGGACUGCAUCGAGAGCUCAUACGGGCUCUGAACUCGGACCUCCCGGACUUUAUCGGCUUGAAGAAAGUCAAUCAUGAUCACACAUCCUCACAGGCUGGUGAAGGGCAGGUACCAACGGAGAUUUACCCUAGUUAUGUUCUUCAAACUGACUUCAUCCCUAGAGCGGCCGAGUAUGACAUUGAGCAGCUUCUCCGGAUGACCAUGUACUUGAUUUCCAACAAGCUUUCCCUAAAUGGACAGAGUGAGAGCCUCGAUCGACAAAAAUGCAUUGCUGAAGAGGAUCGCCUCUUGUUGGAAUUUUUCGAAGUCUCGGAACUGUCUCGAACCCACGUAUUUGAACGCCUGUUGUCAACUGCGCAACCAUCUGCCUACGCUAUCUUGGAGAGAUUAUUCCAAUCUGCGAUUCGGCUGCAUGAACUGAGGACCAUUGAGAUGAUGCUGCAGGGUGGAAUGGACCCAGACCUACCCAUCAUCUACUUCAAAUUUGAAAAUGCGUUGAUGGUAUCACCCUUGGAGUUUGCUGCAGAUCUCGAAAACAGAAAGGUGGCUCUUAAAAUAACUCGUCUUUUGCUAUCAUUUCAGGCAAACAUCAAUACGUUCAAAUGGAAGCCCACACUCCAGAUAGCCCUUGAGGCCAUGGGGAUUGAUCCUGAGCCCAGUCACCGGUUCCCAGGGGAGCGUUCCGCUGAAACUGAGAAUUUGGAGCUUCUCCGUCUGGUUUUACAGUCCACCUCCCACAUGGAAACACGUCUUAGGCGUUUUGGAAAGUCUGGUCCAACCGUCACAGCCCUUGGCCUCGCUGUGAGCCUAGGCCAGUUACGAGCAGCCAAGCUGCUGAUUGAUCAUGGCGCGAACAUAUUCGCUGCCCAGCGCACUUACUUAGACAGUGAUUGCCCCAUCUUUCAGACCGACGCGCUUGGUCUAGCUGCCAAGGAAGGAAACGUUGCGAUGAUGUGCAUGCUUCUUGAGGCGUCCGUACAUGGGAGAGGUCAAAGCGCCCUGUCUUACGGCCUCAUUCAAUCCCUCAUCCUGGCUGUGACUUUUAACCAAGAAGCGGCAGUGAAGAUUCUUUUGAACGCAGGUGUUACUGUUCGUGAUGCCGACAGCUUUCUUAUGGCAAGAGAUCCUGGUCAAAGGACACUCGUGAAGAGAGCUUUGGCUCAACAAAACCUGGACCUCUAUCAUACCCUGACAUCUGCGGGGGCAGUACCCAAUUGGCCGGCUGUUAGACAUUGCUUCAGUCUCCAACUGUUUUGUGCAGUUAAACAGAAUAAUCUGCACGAUGCAAUAGAUCUGUUGAGUUCAAAGACUUCACCGAAUGAUAUCUACGACGAUCUCCCAGAUAGUGCCCUCGGGGCAGCCAUUGCGCAAGGAAAUUGUGAGCUCAUCAAGCUUCUCACGAUCGCAGGUGCUACCGCUGAAGAGCUUCGCAUUCCAUGCAUCCCCAACAUGGAAACAGCGUCCUGUCUGGAGGCAAUUGGACUUCUUCAAAUUAUCCUGGUCAACAAUGGUCAGAUAGUACUGACCUGUGCCAUUCUUCGCGCCCAAGAGGAUGGAUUGGUGGAGUAUCUCUUAGGUCUUGGUGUGGACCAGCAGGGGAUGAGACUUGGUCCUCUUACCACCUUCGACCAUUGGCUGGACAACCUAAAAGUACCAGAAUGUCGAACCCCGCUGGAGGCAGCCCUCACGCGACGAAAUAUGGUGCUGGCACAAACUCUCAUCCACAGAGGUUCGCAUGUUGCUGAGAAUGAACUCAAUGCAAUCGUCUGGCAAGCUGUGACAACGGACAAUGACGACAUUGUUUGGCAACUCCUUGACAUGUUUUCGACCCCUUUCCAGGCGCCGACUGCAGUGGGAAUGGCAGUACUCUGGGGAAGAACCGAGCUUGUCCGGGCCCUCCUGAAAUUUGGAAUUGAUCCGAUGGGUCCCGUGUACAUCACUGAUCCUCCCGACGAAGGUGAAGAAAUAACAAACCAAAAUGCAGGUUGGUGGCAUUUGGAAGCCGAAGAAGUUGCGCCAUCCGUUCUGCAAGUCGCAGCGUCAAAGAGUGACCGCUCUAUUCUACAGCUCCUUCUCGAAUCGGCGAAUUGGUCACAAGAAGAUAAAAGCCGCGCUCUCACGGCAUCUAUAUUUUGGAGAAAUUUUGACCUUGUAUCGGAUUUGUUGGCAGCCGAAGCGAGCGUGAACCAGGGUAUAUUGGAGACAUCUGCACUCUCUGAUAAGGUGAACACGGAAAUGCUGCCUCUGCAACUUGCAGUUAAUUCCGGGAAUAUUAAAAUGGUGAAGCUCCUUCUUCAAAAAGGUGCGAGAAUCAACCAAAUCGAAGCAGGCGUCGGUGGGAAGACCGCUUUACAAAUCGCAGCAAAGAACGGCAAUAUGGAGCUGCUCACUCUACUGCUGACCUCGGAAGCAGAUGUGAACCACCCGCCUGCAACGCACAUGGGGGCCACUGCGUUGCAAUUUGCAGCUAUCGAAGGUCGACUUGAAAUUGUCUGCCGUCUUUUGGAUCAUGGAGCCGACGUCAAUGCUUCGGGGUCGCAGACAUUUGGACGAACCGCCUUGGAAGGAGCUGCAGAACGUGGUCAUAUCGAUACACUGCAGGUUCUUCUCAAUAACGGUGCCCAGAUCGAUGGUCUUGGCCGAGUGCAAUUCGUUCGGAGUGUGAAACUAGCUGAGAGCAAUGGUCAUUUUGCUACCGCUAUGUUUCUAAAAUCGUCCGGCGGGUGGACGGAGGCGGAUAGAACCCGCUAUGAUUAUGAACGAUUUGAUGAGGAAGAGCAUCUCGGUCCUUGCUUACACGGACCGAUGGAGUGA